AUGCAAAUCCCUCUGGCCCUCAUCUGUUUCUCUGUUGUGAUGCUGGUGCCUGGGUGCACCGGUCUUCCCCCAAAAGGAGAAUCUAUGAGGAAUGCCGUGCACUGUAUAGUAAACAUGGCUCAGACCACUCUGGUCCACAUUAAGAAACUCAGAACAAAGUUGCCAGUAGCUCCGCCAGUAGAAGUCAGCUCUCCUUCUAUCGAGGGUCUCACAAGCAUCAGCCGUGACCUGGGACUCCUGGACAACGAGCUGCAGAGCCCUGCCCUGGAGCUGGUGAGCCAGAUCCAGGCUGAUGUCUCCAGUCUGGAGGGAAGGGUGCGUUCCCUCGCCCUGACAAUGGACUGUACUGUCCCGGCCAGAGUAAAAUCAGAAAUCAGUGAAGACGUAUUCCCUGACAGUUACAUGUAUGUAAGUCUUAUGAAGGUGCAGCACUACCUGGAGAAGCUCCUUCUCAACAAGGACAAGCUGAAGGUCUGCUGACAGAUUCACACACAUGACAGG